AGCGGACGGACUCACGCAGCAAACGUUCAGUUCAUUCAUCGCUUUGGUAGUUGUCGAGUGUGUACUUAGGUCGGGUCCGCUUUUCCGUCACGACGAAAAUCCGUUUUCGCUCUAAAAGUCACCGUGUUUAUCCGAAGUUUAGCAAAAGAUAAAGAGCAAAUAGCAGCAAAUACAAAGAAAAAAAAAUCGAAUUCAACUCUCCGUUUUCGGCACGUCCAAGUGUAUCUGCCGUCGAGUCAAAUCCGUCAGUCGUAGUUUGACCACAUACGCCUAAGAGCACUAGCGGCCGUCAGGACAUUAUUAAAAGCAAAUAAUAAUAGUCCCGUGCGUUUUGGCUGAUUUUAGCAGUAGCGGUAGUAGCAUUUCCGGUGCUUUUAGCCACGUGUGUGAUCAUCAUCAUCGGUCGCGGUUAUAAAAGUGUGUAUUUUGUUUUUGGUCAAAAGCAAGAAAGCUUACACGGCUCUGUUCCGAAUCCUUUGGUAGAUUACCGUGUAUUUGUGUGUAGUGUGCGAGUGUUUAUAUGAGUGAUUUGUCGAGCUUGAAAAUUUCAGCACCCCAAUAUAAGUAAGCGGGUGUUAAUUGUAUGUGUGUGUGCAUUUUUUCCACCGUGAUUUAGUAGCGAGUAGAGGUAGCGGGAAAGAAAUUGAAGAAAAUAAGCUUAAAGAGAAAUAAUUAAAAAUAGCCAAACCACCCGCCCCCACGGUAUUACCAAUCGAGUGAUUAGCGAAAAGUUUUGUGUGCACUAUCUCCAAAUUUAUAGUGCAUCUGGAGAAGGUGAAGCGAUAAAGGAGUGAAAUACGUAUCGUAAGGAAAAGCCAUUUCAACGUUUGCUGUCAACCAGGAAUUAAUUGUCCGUGUCGUUGACGUACCGCGUGUUAAAAAAAUAACCACCCAAAAAACCUUCGCCUCGUAGAUUACAAGCCGAACAACCGCGCGCAAAACAAUAUGGAGCACCAGAAUCAGGACCUCGGUGUGCACCCGGGCAACAAUCAGGCUGAGGUGCCGAACGAUCCAGGAAAAAUGUUCAUCGGCGGUCUCAGUUGGCAAACAAGUCCAGAAAGUUUGAGAGACUACUUUAGCAAAUUUGGCGAAAUCACAGAAGUUAUGGUUAUGAAAGAUCCCACCACGAGACGAUCGAGCUCGUCUGCGAUGGGAUUGGCUGAUUCCUCGGCUCCUCUGUACUCGCGACCAAGGGGUUUCGGCUUCAUCACAUUCGGCGAUCCAGCCAGCGUAGACAAAGUGUUAGCACAUGGUACUCAUGAAUUAGAUGGCAAAAAGAUCGAUCCCAAAGUAGCAUUUCCAAGGAGGGCACAUCCAAAGAUGGUGACGAGAACGAAGAAAAUAUUCGUGGGCGGGCUCUCAGCGCCAACCACGCUGGAGGACGUUAAAAGCUACUUCGAACAAUUUGGACCGAUUGAAGAUGCGAUGCUUAUGUUUGACAAACAAACCAACCGGCACAGAGGCUUCGGAUUUGUGACAUUUCAGAGUGAAGAUGUAGUUGACAAAGUUUGCGAAAUUCACUUUCAUGAAAUCAAUAACAAAAUGGUCGAAUGUAAAAAAGCACAGCCCAAAGAAGUGAUGCUUCCAGCGAAUCUGGCCAAAACGCGCACCGCCGGGCGUGGGACAUACGAUUUUAUGUGGUCGCUGGGGACAUUACCUGAUGGUUUCCCCGCUGCCGCAUACGCUGCGUACGCAGCCGGUCGUGGCUUCUCCGGCUAUCCGAGCUUUGGACUACCGUACCCAACAGUUGACAUCACCAAUGGGCAAUUGACACCAAACAACAACACACCGUUACUGACGCAGGCUCUUUCGGUGAUGAACAACUAUCAGGCCGCUGCAGCAGCUGCCGCGCAAGGUUUUGGCCCGCCAGCAUCGCCCCAUACCACCACCACCCGGACCGCAGCCGGCUUCCCGAACGCCAACUCGCCCGGACCGACGAUCGACAUGUACAGCUCGAGCGCGGCAGACAGCGUCGGAUACGUUCAAGCCACCAGCCCGCAACCAUCCGGAUUCCCAGCGAUCGCCGUCAGCCGUGCCCCGCUAAAUUACAGCCCGGGAACUUCGUUGUACGAAUCGUUCCAGGGCCAACUAAUUCCAGCGGCAUUCACCAAUGGCUACCAUUGAAACAAACUAAGCAAUAUUUGAUCACCAUCGCUAGUACUUUGGACUGGAGUUUGAUAACAGUAAGCUUGUAAACCGUGAAUUUUGCUGAUAAACCAUUAAAGCGACGUGCAUGGGAAGGGCAAGAAGAGAAGGGAAGCGAACCAAAACUACAAAACGCAGCAAAAUAGCAACAUCCUUUUACAGAGUGUCAGUUAAAGCACCAACAGCAGCAGCAGCAGCUGGCCAUCAUUCUCACCCUCACCAUCAAUGCCAUCAUCAACAUCUCAGCUGCCGGUGAUCGUAACGACGCUAAAAUGGCUGUAAUCGUGUGUGCCAAGGAAGUGGUUGGAUAGGAGAAGCAUUAAAACAUAAAUUUGGUUGGAUUCGGUGGCAGCAGGCAGACUCAGAAGUGCAGAGGAAGAAAAGUACGGUAUGAUUCUUUAUAUGAUCGAAUUGCUUUAAAUAUGCGGGAUGCGGUUUUUUAAUGCGGAAUCGAAAUGAAUUGUUUGUUAACAAUUAUUUUUAAAACGGUGACAUCAGUUGUUGUAAGAAAUUUAGUUAUAUUUUCAAGUGUGCCCAGAUCGUUAAGAGGAUAGCAGAAAAAACAACGUUUUGGUAUAAACGCUAGGUAGCUUAAUGAAGGCUACAAACAUUACGUUUGAUUUAAUGGUUGCGUAAGAGAAUGUUUUAAAAAUUCAUACAAUGCCUUAUGGAAAACACUGAUUUUGUUCAAUAUCAAUCCGCGGUAUAAUAAUAAGGCCAUUCUUUUGUUUUUAGUGUUAUUAAGCUAAGCAAUACUUUCCUUGUGAGCGAACAAAUAUUAUUUCAUAGAUUUAUUGGCAGAAUAUUUUCCAAAUGUUGUGUGACCAACCGUUGACGCUACGAUUACUGUGAAUGGUCGCUAAAAAAACCCCCAUUUUGCGCUGUGUAGUGUUGGUGGUGGUUGUCAAUUACAACAUAAUUCCACACUUGUUGCUAGUAUAGCGUGCACAACGAAAGCAGCAAGCAUAAAUGAGCCCACCUUUCCCCGUUCUUGUGCCACAACAAAGCACAGAGUGGAGAAAAACGACAUUGGCUUUGAGUGUGCAAACAUCGUUGCAGUUUCUCAUAUAUCUGUUUUGCUUUUAAAGCAUACAAUACAUACAAAUAAAGCUGCUACUGCUGCUAAUGCUGCUGCUGCUGCUACUGGUUGCUGUUGACACGUUCGACUGUGCAUUGUGUAACCCGUUUGUUGUGCCCAUGCACGGUGUUUGCUUCUUUUUCUCCCUUUUAGAAGACCAAAAUACCACCCUCCCAUGCUUAAGGUGAAGCCUGUCAUGCUGUUUUGUGUGGUCUGGGGUCGGGAGAGUAAUGGGCAAUCCAGAAAUUAAUUUAAGAAAACACACACACAAACUCACUUAACAUCGAGUGAAGCGGCAUGUUACAAAAAUGGCAAUUUUCAUCAAAAAAAAAAGCAAGCAAACAGCAAAUGGUAUGAGAAGAAUGAUAAUGGAUAAUCGAGUUGAAAAUAAAAUUAUUAAAACAAACAACAAAACAACAAACCCAAGUUGUAGCCCAAGUUACGCGCAGAAAGGCGUGCAGAAAUAAACGAUAUAUACAACUCGAUAUACUAAAUUGAAGAAAUAAGAAAAAAGGAGAACAAAAAAAAACACACACAUUAUAUAUAUAUAUACGUUAAGGUGAACAGAAAACUAAACUUCAUUGUUUAAACUAUGAGCUAAACGAAACAAACAUCAACACGAUUUGUUUUCAAAACCCCAAAUUUGUUAUUACGAAUAAUUACUAUUUACUUAAUGUCUUUUUGAAUUUAAGCCAAUUUAAAAAACAAAUACUUAGCUAAAUGAAACAAGAAGAAAAAACAAAGAACAAAGAAUACUACAUCAUGCAAAAAAAAGGAACAAAAACAAUGCAAACAAAAGUGAACAAAAAAUCAUCAAAAGAACCAAAAAUUUACCAUUUCUAAAUGCAACACAAAAUACAACACACCACCCUCCCUUUCAAACGACGUACACUACGCCUUCCCUUUUCCUUUUUUUUUUGUUUCCACCAACAAACAGACCACAAGCGGACCGCACUUAGUAGUGGAAAUGGGAAUGCACUGGUUGCACUCUCCCUGUGCGCUCCAUUUGGGAUGCAUUGGCCCACUGCACUAGGCAGCAAGGGUAAUGCAAGUGAACAAAAAUUUACCAUCAGUGCAUCACCGUUGUACAGGCGUACCUACACGCAGACUAUUUAGCAGCUACUGUAAGGAUAAGCCAUUUUUUAUCCCAAGCAGAUUGCGGGUAUGUGUAUGUGUGAGCAGUGACAGGCUGUGCAGUGAUGCGUAUUUCAACUUGACACGGAACGACACACAAAAAGAAGGAAAAAACAACAUAAACGAAUAAACCUACCUUCCCCUCUACUCCCUGUUGCAACCUGGUCCUUAUUAAAAAAAACCAAAUAUUACAUUGACAUAACGAACACACGAAUACACACUAUCAAUUAUUGAACAAUUAUUACGUUUGCUACAAGCAUAUUAAGAUUAACGUAACUUUUUUUAUAAUGUAAAACAAAAGGAAGCUAGUGGUCUUAGGUAUAAAAAUAUAAAUAUAUGAAUAUAUAUAUUUAUUGAAGACAAAAUGAGGCGAAAAAACAAACAAAAUACAAGGGCGAAUGAUAAAACAAAAGGAAAGCCCUUACUACACCACUAUAUACAGAAACACACAGGAAAACAGGAUGAUAAAUCAGGCAGCAAGAGAAAUACACACAGACAAACUUACAGGAGUGCAAGUGGGCAAGCAAGUAGUCGAGGUGCAUAAUCGAACGACAGAAAUAACCAAACGUUACAACCCGUUUUUCAAAACUGUACACAUUUGUGCAAAAAGCCACCCCGAACUUGUCAAUAAAGAUCGGGAUGACAGUUUUGCUUUUCGUUGUAUUUUUUCGAUUGUUUGUUUGCAUCCACUUGCACCAUUUUUGCUACAAAGUGUGUGGAUUGGGCCGAUGUGUUCUAGCCACAGCUAAGCCGAAAAACAAAAACAAAAAUUGCAACCGAACGAAAGCAAACAAUGCUCGAUAUAAAGAUAUGAAAUUUUACCACUUUUAAUCGUCGCCGUUACUUUUUACUGUUUCUUCUUCGUUUCUAUUCCUGUUUCCAUUUUUGCAACACGUGUAAAAGGUGAAACAAGCAAGGUAAAAAAUAAUAUAUACAAGGACGAGAGGGGAAAAGGUUCAAAGGCAGCGCAAGCCGAACAACAACACUUUACAAUAAUAACAAGAAACAUAACACACAAACACACAGAAAAACAAAACAAGAACACAAUUAUAGUAAUUGAAUUUUUCCCCUCCCGAAAAAAAGUCGAAAAAAGAUUGAUGUUUGUAUGAAAUAGAUAUGGAGAAAAUAUUAAGUAAAAGCCCUGGAAACGUGGAUGGUGAAAACGCAAUAAUUGUUAUAUUAGUACGAUGAAGAAGGUGGCAGAACAUGUGCAGAAGCUAGAGCAGGAGAGCUAAUAUAAAAGUGCUGAAUGGGACGAAAGGUGUCCGAUGGGCUAUAAAGUCCAUAAGCUAAUUAAUUAAAGUAUAUGAAAUCGAGACAGGUGGAGCAGGAUAAACAGCCACAUUCAGUUCGGUGGUUGAUCCCCGUACUGUCUAAACUUUCAACACACACACACAAACCCUCAUAGUCACUCACUGACAUACUCAUUGCAAGCUGGGUAAACAUGGAAAUACAUAAAACAAUUGAACGUCGACAUUUGUGAGGUUCGACGAUUCCCUGUGCAUUCAAGUUCAGGCUAUAAGAUUCAUAUACCAAUAGCAAGGAUAUAUAGCAUCGACACAAACUUCCCAUUUUCACUACGAAUUUGGGCAGCAUUUGGGAAAGAUGAAACUCUUCUACUCAUAGCACGUACACACAUACACACAAACGUGAACAGAAACUCAAUGAAAUUACACUCAAGCGGAUGGGAGCGUUUCGGGGAAGUAAAAAAUCACAACUUUUACACCUUUAACCGGAACAGGUAACCACACGCAAAUAUGCACACGAUCAUCACGUCACACAUCGUUUCACAUUGUGCGAUAAUAAUGGCAACGCAGCAAAAUAUUCUCACCUUCCUCCCCCCAAAAAACCUUCUCACCAUAAGCAAAUUUCACGUUAUUUUAAGCGAAUCUUACGAUACCACAAAACGAUUCAACUCAUGAAACUCAACCAAAUUAAGAAAAAACAAUGUAGGACAGGAGAAAAGAGAAGGGAUACAUCUUUAGUCAUACAUUCAAACGUAAAAAAAGAAGGAAAGAAACAGAAACAACAGCAAACCAAAAAUAAACAACAACAAAAAAUCACACUUGUAAAAUAUUAUAAAUAUAUAAUUAUGACGAAGUGACGGAUGGAAAACGGGAAAAUUAAAAGCAUUAAAACAAGAAAAAGAAGAAGCGGGGAAAAAUAAAAAAAAGAAAAUUCAUCGAGCGGAUGAACGUUUAGGUUAAUAGUAUGGAAGGAUCCCGUGCAAGGUAAUAGAUAAAGUAAACAGGAGAAUUCAACAAAAAAACAGAAGAAGCAGAAGCAGAAACAUAAAUAGCAAACCAAACGAUGAUUAACAAAGCAAAACAGAACAAAAAUUACGUGAAGGUAAAAGUAAUAACAACAGCAGGAUUAUAAAAAAUGGAAAGCAAAUGGUAAAAGAAUUCCCCCAAAAAAAACAACACACACACAAGCAAGCGAAGAUGCAACGCGGAGGGAGAAAGAAACAAAUCUUAGUUAAAUAUAAAUUAUAUUAAAAUUUAAAUUAAAUAAUUGAAGGAAAAAAAGUAAAACAAAUAUUUAAAAAUACUAUGAUAAUAAAUUACAAUUAUUAUAAAUUAAUUUUUAUCAUAACUGAACAAAAGCAGGCACGUGCAGUUAUAGAUGGGCCACAAAACCGUGCAAGUAAAACACGCCCCUGCAGACAACUGUUCCGCGGGCAUGUGUUGAAAUGCGGAAAUCUGUGCGGUCUAGGAAAGCUCUAGGGUAACUUUUUGCCAAGUCUGUCUGUCUGUCUGUCUCGUGGCGGACACAGUACUCACCCGCGCGUGAGCCUUGUUUGAGUCGGAUUCUGCACGCAGCAGAAUCAUCAUUUGCCUGGUCAAACUACCUUUUUAGAGUCCAAACCGGAAGGGUAUCAUACGUGGGGGGACACCAAAAUACACACACACUUACACAUACAUAUAUACACACACACAAACACACCAUGAGGGGCGUAACAAGGACAAGUUAAGACAUAAAUAAGUAAGCACCAACAAAUCUGUGCCGUGUUUGUGCGAUCAAGCCGAACGCAUCAAGCGCAUAAAAGUAUCUGUUUCUCUCUCUCCCAUCUGAUAAGCGAAUGUAAGAAAACCAAACACACACAGAAAUACAGCAAGAAGAAAAUAGGGAAGCAAACAACAUAAGAAAACAAAACCAAAAAAACAAAAAGGUAAGAAACAAAACAUUUUCUCUAACUCUAAUGCUAAAUAAUGUAACGUUUAAAACCACAUCCCAGCAAAACAAACCCAAAAACCCAAAAUGAAAAAUAAUAACAAAAAAUGGCAAACCAUACCGUACCGCGCAUUAAAAAAAACACUCUAUACUGCAAAAAAAUGCCUGAUAUGUGAAGGAGAAAUGGGAGAACAAAAAUAAACAAAAGGAAAGCAAGAAACAAACGAAUAAAACGCUAAAAACCCCACAAUUUUUCUUCUAACAAUAACUUGCAAGAGGAAAUCUAUCUGAAAUAAAACAACAGCUAACAAAAGGUAAAACAACAACCAAACAAACAUAAUACACGCAUACACACACUUCCUCACAUACAAACUUACGGAAUGAAACAAAUACAAGACGAAACAAAUAACAAAAUGAACAAAUACAAUUAACAAUUGUGAAUUAUGAUGAUUAUUACAAUUAUUGCUAGCUAGUAAAAGCAGAAAGAAUCCAGAUACCGCUCACAGAGGUAAAACAAAAAGGUACCAUGGUACUCAUGGAAAAUAAGUAAAAGAAAAAAAAGGAGGAAAAAACACAAAAACAAUUCGAUACAUGGAGAUACAUUUACGGGAGCGCAUGCACACUUAAAACAUAUUCUACUUUUAUUAAGCAAAAAAAAAACAAACAAAAUGAAAGUAAGCAAGUCCCCACCAACCAAGCAAAACGAAAAAACAA